AUGGAAAUAUUAAAUGAGGAAACAUACAAUGAAAAUAUUUUAACUGAUCUCAUUGAUUCAGAGUCAUUGGUUCAAAGUAUUUCAACGGAACAAACUGAGUCAAAGGUAUCAACUGAAUACAAAAGUGUCUGUUCAACCAGUGAUAGUGCACAAAUUAAUAGCAGCUAUUUUUAUCAAAUUGACACAUCUGGAGAAAGAGCAAUUUUCCGAAAUAAGAGAUAUGCAAUUCAGAUAACAAAAGAAACUUUAGUUGAACUAAAUGGUUCACUUAGUAUUAAUAAUGCUGUUGACGGCAAUGUUGGCUCAGAAUUAUAUCUAGAAGAAUCUUCUGCAGAACAAGUUGAUGAUAAUCAAUUACAAUGUAGAUCCAUUCCAGAUCAAAUGCUUGUCCGAAUAAAAUCUUUGCAAUUUGAUUCAGAUCAAAUAAAACCCCGUGUCAAGAAAUCAAUUCGUCUUGUGACUCAAUACGCCUCUCAUCAUACAAAACCGGAUACUUCUCUCGAAAAUCAAAUACGAAACCUAUUUCUUUUCCCUUUUAAUUAUCAUUCAUUGAUUUUCGACACGUUAAAAUUAGAUUUCUAUGCCUAUGAAUCUUUGUUAAAUACAAAGAAAAGGCUUGGACGUAUAAUCAUUCGGUUAAAUGCUUUACAGCAAGCCGUUCUAAACCGGACUGAAUUUGAAGGGACUUUUCCUAUCGAAAAUAAUGAAACAUUACGUCCUUUUGAAGUUGGCACUGCUCAAAUAAUUAUAAAAUUUCAUUUCCCUAAAGAACUACCCCUAACUUCGGCCUACCGCUUAUCAGUCAUUCAACGAAGAUCAUUAUCUGUGGUUUCUCGUGGAAUUAAUAGAAUAGAAGGAAUUCAUGAAAAAGAUGAACGUUUUAAUCUCUUAGCAUUUUCCGAAGCAAAUUCUCUUAGUCUAUUUGAUUUUAUGUUAAGUAAAAAGAACAUGAAUGCAAUGAAGGAAUUUGUGACAAUGUGUCAAGGGUUUUAUGGUCAUGGAUGGAGGAUGACCAAAUUAGAGUUUAUGAAAGCUUAUAUUCUCCUGGAAAAAUAUUAUGAUCAAAAACAAAAUAACAGUCCUGUUACGGGAAUUUUAUCUGAAGAUUUGGAUAAAUUAAUAAAAGCCAAAUAUUAUUUAAAAUUUUCUAUAGCAUCAUAUGGAUCUUUCAUGUUUAAUGUAUUUGGAUAUGGGUAUAGCAUGGCGCCAAAAAACGCUAUUAGGAUGAAGUCUGAUCGAAAGACUGUCCAAGAUUAUUUUGGUAUUAACAAAAAUGAUGUUAUUUGUUGGGAAUUCGGGAAAAUGACGGCUACAGUACCUAAUUAUAUGGUAAUUAGAGAUCCAAAAUCAAAUUCCAUUAUAAUAUCUAUUAGAGGAACAUUGAAUGCCGCAGAUGUAAUCACAGAUGUGCUGGCAUAUUAUGUGCCAUGGAGGAAUGGAUUUGUCCAUCAAGGAAUGCUACGCAGUGCAAAAUAUCUUGUUAAAAAUUCUUUAAAAGACAUCCGAUCUGCAGUAAAAAAAUUCAAAGUAAAUUCAAUACAAGUAAUAGGACAUUCAUUAGGUGCUUCCGUAUCGAGUCUUGUAACAAUAAUUUUACGAAAACGAUGCAAGGAUCUUAUUGCAAAGGGAAUCGAUAUUCAUGCUUGGAACUUUGGAACUCCACCAUGUUGUUCACUUGAUCUUGCAUGUAAAAAUGAAAUUAUGAGUUACAUUGAUAAUUUUGUUAAUGAGAAUGAUAUUGUUCCUAGAUUAAGUUAUGGAAGCUUGAUAGAUUUUAGAGAAUUGACUCCAUCAAAAGAUAAACGUUCUAUGUUAAUGGCAUCCAUUGAUGAAUUUUACAACCAUUUAAAAUCCAAUUCACGUGAACAAAAACUAUAUAUCCCCGGUACAAUACACUAUUUAUAUAAAAAACGCAAUCCUUCCAAUCCGAUACUACGAGAAGUAUUAUGUGAAAAAUCUACACGAGAAUCAUUCGAGGAUGUUACUUUACGAAAAAAUUUUCUACUACAACAUCUUCCAGUUACAAAGUUAAUGGAACAGCUAUUUGAUUAUGACAAUGUUAGUGACUACUUACCAGGUUAUGAUGAAAUAAAUGCUGAGGAAAAUGAUACUGAUGACCAUAAUAUAAAUAUUAAUGAAGUGGUGCUGAAAGUUGGGAAUUCAUUUAACAAUUGGGAUGCCGUUCAAGUCAUGGUUGAUUCAUUUGCAAAGCAAAAUGGUUUUGUGACUAAUAAAUGUCAUAAGGAUCUUGAUCCAGUUGAUAAAUCUAUUAUUCAUCGAUGUACCUAUAAUUGCUGGAAAGCUGGUGUUCAUCAACCAAAAAAGGUUGAAGAUAUUGAUUUGCAUCAUGAUAGGAGUUCAAGUAAAUCAAAUUGUAAAUGGGAAGUUAGUUUUUACCUUAGAAAGCAUACAAAAAGUAUAUGGCUUACUAAAUUUGAGAAUAAGCAUAAUCAUAAUUGUGAUCUGGCAACUAUAGAAUUAGCAUCAAAAAACUUAUGUCUUUCACAGAAGAUCUUAGAUAAGAUUGAGCAUUAUACUACACAUGGUCGUUUGGGUGCUGGUCAGCAAUACAAUCUUAUUGUUAAGGAGUUCCUCCAGUAUAGUAUAAAAAAAAAGAACUUGUAUAAUGCGAUUCAUAAGUUUCGUGGUAUACGAAUACAUAAUAAAUCUGAUGCCAGCACAAUGCUUUCAUAUCUUUUAAGUCAACUUAAUAAAGACUCAGAUUAUCUAGUUAUACCAAGGCUUGAGGGGCCAUCUAAUGAACUUACUGGAUCUAAUAACCUUCAGCCCAAAGUGUUAUUCACUGAUGGUGACCCAGCAAUGAUUGCUGUGGUUCAUGUUUCAUAUCCACAGACACGGCAUAUGUUAUAUAUUUACCACCUUCUUGAGAAUGUUAAAAAAAAGUUAAGGGCCAAGCUCUGGGGUGAGGCGAUAAAACAUUUUGUUGAAGAUUUUUGUAAUAUGCGAAAUAGUUAUAGUCAAGAGCAAUUUGAAGCAAGAUAUUAUGAUAUAUUGACAAAGUAUGAGUCAUGUUAUUCAUAUCUAGAAAAGCUUUAUAAUAGUCAUACUUCAUGGGCAAAAUAUUCAGUGGUGAAGGUGUUUACGGCAGGUAUGAAAUCUACACAACAUGUUGAAUCUAUCAUUGGCAUCAUUAAAAAACAUAUUGAUCAUGGCACCUUACUAAAGGAAUUGGUUAAUGUUAUUGAACAAGAAUUAGAGAAGGAAGCUCAGUAUACCAGGAUUAAGGAUUACUAUGGGUCUAAUCCAUCCAUUGCUGAACUUAUAAUUGAUAUACUUUACGAUGCAAUUAAAGAACUUUGGGAGGUUUCAUAUAUAGGUUUUGCUUCAAAGCCAAAUUAUGUUGUUAUAUUCAACGACUCAACAUUACUUUAUACUUAUAUGAAUAUCAUAAGUCAAGAAAUGUUAUGUUGGCACCAAUAUCGUGUGCUUAUUCAUUCAGAUUAUGCAACCUUUCACAUAUCACUUUUACAUACCUGUUGGUUUGAAUCAUUUUCAUCUGAUAUAACAAAUUUUGUUACAGUAUUUCGAGAGAUACAAAGUGCUACAUCUGUACCAUUGCAUUAUAUGAAUCAAGUAAGAACCUGUGAUGUUUAUACACCAGUCAUUAGAAGUCAUAUUAAUAAGAAGGUUCAAUUUGGUACUAUGAUAUCUGUGGCUAAAACUAGCAUUCAAAUUGCAGUAUCUGAAAGUAUUACUGAAGAACUAACUGGACUUUUAGUGUAA